CGUAGUACCCGCGCUAUAGCCUAUGAAUGUUUCUUCUUGAGGCAAACUCUAUUUCCAACAUUUCCCUUCAAUUCGCUUCUCGUUCACGAAUCGACCAAGAACACACUACAGCUCGUCGAUUUCACGAUUGAAAAACACAGGAACACUGGGCAUUAAUAUUGGUACUACGUACGUGGGUGACGCAAGUCGCUGUUUAGAAUUGCAGCCUCUUCGAGAGGUUAUCCAUGAUCACGCGUUCCGCUUCCCUCGAUCAAUUAGACGAAGACAUAGCCGCAUUAGCCGAGUCCUUGCGCAUCCUUCGCUCUCGCAGGAAUGCUGCUGUCUUCAUAUCUUGCCUUCCAUCCGAGAUUCUCGCGACCAUCUUCACACAUAUCGUAGAAGAGGAGAGCUUCAAGAGCUAUGUUAAUACGGGCAACACCGACGCGCCGUUGUGGCAAUGGCGCCAAGUUGCCCUCGAGUGCCCGACUCUUUGGGCAUUCAUCGACUGCGUCCAUGUUGAUUGGCUAUCCAUCAUGUUUCAGAGGUCGAAGAAAGCUGCUUUGGUCGUCACAUACAGUGCACCGCUCUCGCUAAUACAUUGCGUGGAGCAACUUCUUUCACAGUUGCCUCGAAUCAAAGUCCUCCAGUUGUGCUCAUUUCCAUCAGAUGUUAAUCGCAUUUUCCACUGCUUAUCAUCACAGCCCGCACCGUUGCUUCAAAUAUUUAAAUUCUCGGUCAUGGAGGGGCGUCACCUAGGAAUCGUCAAGCCCAUAUCAGACGCCAUUUUUCAAGGACGAGCACCUCACUUCGGAGCUUGGACAUCGUCUCUCAGACGAAUAGGAUCUUCCUCUUAUCCUACUCUGUCGCAGCUCCUGUCAGCUCUCAGACGUAUGCCUGGCUUGGAGCUGCUUAUGCUUGAGCUGCCGUGCAGAAAUUCCGGGGACACAGUGCUCUUCGAUCAUGUCCCACUCACUCAAUUGAAAAAUAUAGCGCUGGAUGCCUGCACCAUCCCAACCGCUGUAUCUCUCUUCUCACAUCUAGUCCUUCCCGUCGAUGUCGGGAUUGCUCUAAACCUCGCACAAAGUGAAAGCCCUGAAGGCUUUUCUAAUCUAUUUUCGGUCAUAUACAAGAACCCUGACGAAUCUGGUCCUGUCAUGCGGUCCCUGGGUGUCAGCCUUACGUUCCAAACAUUCCGGGUCCAAUUCAGCACUUCAAUGACGUUCAAAUCUGAGGAUUUGUGGAAGACUCGUGACGGUGAUAUAUCACUCUCGAUUCAAUUCGAACGUGACACCUCCACCACAAACCCAACCAUCGUAUUUGACAUGUGUCGAAUGGUCCCGCAUCGCAAAAUUCAAAGUUUGUUUGUGUCAUCCUGCCUUCAUCUCACAGAAAAUUUCUGGCACGCAGGGUCCGCUGACCUUCUGGAGCUCGAAAGUAUCCAUUUGAAGAGCGCCUCUAUUGGAGUUGGAGGCUUGAUCGCUGCGCUCCAGAGCGAAGGCGCGCAGAGCUCGGAUAUAAUGUAUCCCUCGCUCCAUGCUCUUGAACUCGACAAUAUCGACUUCGCAUGUGAUGAACCUCAAGCACUUCGGGACAUUGUCAUAAAGCGAGCCAAACACGGUAUCGGUAUACACAGAUUCCGACUAGCCAAAUGCUACAAUUUGAUGAACGAUGGGGUGCAGCUCCUUAGGGAAGUGGUUGCAGACGUUGACUGGGAUGGGCACUCGGUGCCCCUCACGGACCCCUUCAAUGGACGCUGCUGUUGUGCCAGUUGCGGGGGCGAAUAUUCUGAUUAUUCUGAUGACGAUGAUACGAAUUCGGAGGACUAGUUCUAAUGAGUCUGUCACCAUGAUAGGACGUUUGCACAAUAUUUAUGAUGAUUUGUUUCGAACGCGAGAUUGCGAUACACUAUGUAUUGGCGCUACUUACGUAGUGUCACAAUUGAAUACUACGGAUUGUGAUCUAACCUUUUAAAUUUUAUCGGGUUAGCUAGACUAGUCCUUC